GUUGCCUCAUAUAAAUCUCCAUGUAUUAUAAUUUUCGGAGAACAGAGUAUCAUUAUAAUUUUCGUUGCUGCCGAAUUUUUCGUAGGAAGAAGAAAGCCAGAAGGCAGCAGCUGCAACUCAGUAUGGGCGCGACUCGUCCCAGCGCCUUCCGUGCGCCAUUCCUGUUGCAGCGUCCCUCGCUGCGCGGGGACGAGACGGCCCGCCGCGAGGACGGACGGGGGGCGCGCGCGCCUUCGGCCGGGCGCAAGGCGCAACCAAAAAAGCUUGGCCGCCAAGAUGUUCAGUUGGUUGCUCAAAUUGUGCGAGCGAUGAAGGCGCCCCCGCGAUUGCGAACGCCCCCGCGGCGCUUGGUUGCGCCACUGCCGAGCCGGGCCGGCCUUUGCCGCCCCGCCAAGCGCCGCCCGUUCGGCCAUUGUGUGGGGCGGGGCCCCCUUCAGGUCAGCCGGCCGCCAUCGGAGGAAGCGCGCUGCCGGGCUGGUCCGCUCGUGGUGUGGGUGCUUUGGCGCGCCCCCUGUUGCCGCGGAAGGAACGCGGCGCCCACUAUCGAUCGGGCGCAGGUCGGGAAGGCCGCCGACGUCUUUAGCUCGCUAUCGCGAUGUCCGUGUGUUGCUAAUCUCGCCCAAUGGUUGGCACCAUGAUGGGAGAUUGCGCACGAGCGGCAAUCGUUGCCAGCCGUGCUGCUUUGAUGGCUGCGCGCUCUUUCUGGGCACCAAUUCCCACGACAUGUAUAAAUUGGCAAUUUCUUCACAGGACCACCCAU